AUGAUAGCCAAUCUGUGUUGGAGGCAGUUGCUGGACUGUGUGUUGGGGAUUACAUUUACUUAUUUCUUUAUCAACUACAAUAUGACAGAUUAUGUGGCAGCACUUAUCAUCACUUGGGCUUAUGAAGUAGCAGAAAAUCUUCAUUCUCUGGUAGAAUGGUUGAUGGGGGCCCCAGCGGGUCUAAAAUUAAACAAACAGCUGACAGAGUUUUUAGGUCAUUUCUUCCUCUACCAUAUUUACCUGUGGAAAGGUUACCUUGGAAUUCUACAGACAGUCCUCAGUAGCAUGCUCUGGUACUCCUCACUUUUGGGACUGCUGGGGAUAACUGCCCAGCUGUGCUUCCUUCGAGAUGUGAUAUCCAUGAUGUCUUUACAUAUAUACUGCUUUUAUGUUUAUGCAGCAAGGCUGUAUCGAUUCCAAGUGUAUGCUUUGUCUGCCUUUUGGCGUUUAUUUCGAGGGAAGAAAUGGAAUGUGUUGCGUCAGCGUUUGGAUUCCGUCCGCUAUGACGUAGACCAGCUUUUUCUUGGAACCCUUCUUUUCACUAUUCUUCUCUUCACUCUUCCAACAUGUGCUCUGUAUUAUGUUGUUUUCACUAUGCUUCGACUUGUUGUUCUAUUAGCCCAUGAACUCAUUGAUAAAGUCAUACAAUCAUUGGAUUUACUACCACUAUAUUCAGUUUGGAUGUGGUGUAUAAAUUCCAGAUAUAUAAAGGGGGAUAUCCUUUUCAGUAUUAUUCCUCACAGUGAGAGGGAUGAGUCAUCAACAUUCUCAUUACAAAUAAUACAGAUGCCUUUUCGAAAACUGUUGAAGAGAAGUGAAAACCCGUUUCGAAAUGCCGCUAGUCAACAUUACCAUUGGAGCAAAUUGAUUGGUGAUCUCGUGAAAGGACAUCUGAUUUAUCCUUGGGUUGAAGUGUCUCAGUCUUAAUAAAGUUUAUCUCUAACUUA